UAAAGGACUAGAGGUGUUUUACAAAUGUUCUAAAUUAAUAAAUGCAGUUGAGCUUAUUGUCAUGUAUGUUGUAAAUUUCCAGAAUUAUAUAAAACAUACACUAGUACAUAUGCACACAUUUAUCACAUAUUUUCAUGUCUUAUAUCUUCGUUGUCACAAAUAUCAAAGACUUACCUUUCUAUAAAAUGUCUGGCAUUUUAAAUGGAGAUUUCACUCAGACACCAUCAGGUAAAGCUCCUUUUAAAUUGUUUAAGCUGUAUGUACUGUAAACAGUGAACUAUAUUAAAAUACAUCUUAAAAAACUGUUGUGAAAUUUUAAUGGGAAAACUCCGAAGAGAAACGGAAAACAGUGUGCCGCUUAUUACACAGGAAGUUCCAUUAUUAGCAGUGAUGCCAUGAGCUGAAUAGUAUGAAGGCCAUGUUUUCAUAAACAAACACUUUGGUGACUAUUUGAAGGAAAUCACAGGUCAAAAUCAAUGCUGCAACCGUUCAAAUUGGGCAUAGAAGAAGAAAUAUAAGCACAUUGAAUACUUACACAUUUAGCCACUUGGUGUCGCUGUCCACCGCAAGUUCCUUCCUAAAAGAAAUGCUGUGGGUAUUACACAUCCACACCAUCCUUUUCGUCAUUGUCUCAGACAAAAUGGUAACGGUAAGGUGUUUUAAGAUGUGAAGAAUAAGAAACUGAAAACAUUCAAGAAAUUUUGGAUCGGUGUGAGAGCAACCAAACAUCCGGAAGGGGCUUGCAAUGGUGUUUUCUUGGAGAAAAGAUCGGCGUCUGCUGCUUUGGCUUCUUCUCUUCUCAGCCUGGGAGGCAGGGAGUGGCCAGCUUCAUUACUCGGUAUCGGAGGAGGCCAAACACGGCACCUUCGUGGGCCGCAUCGCGCAGGACCUGGGGCUGGAACUGGCGGAGCUGGUGCCCCGCCUGUUCAGGGUGGCGUCCAAGGACCGCGGAGACCUUCUGGAGGUAAAUCUGCAGAAUGGCAUUUUGUUUGUGAAUUCUCGGAUCGACCGGGAGGAGCUGUGCGGGAGGAGCGCGGAGUGUAGCAUCCACCUGGAGGUGAUCGUGGACAGGCCGCUGCAGGUUUUCCACGUGGAGGUGGAGGUGAGGGACAUUAACGACAACCCGCCGGUAUUUCCAGUGGCCAACAAGAAUCUGUUUAUCUAUGAAUCUCGGUCGCUUGGCUCCCGGUUUUCGCUAGAGGGCGCAUCAGACGCAGACAUCGGAACAAAUUCGUUGUUGUCUUACAGUCUUAACUCGAGUGAAUAUUUUUCUUUGGACGUCAAGAGAAAAGACGAGGAAAUUAAGUCUCUGGGACUGGUGUUGAAAAAACUUUUAAACAGAGAGGACAUUUCUGAACAUCAUUUAUUGAUAACGGCAGUCGAUGGUGGGAAACCUGAGCUCACUGGCAGCACUCAAGUGAAGAUCACUGUCCUAGAUGUGAACGACAACGCCCCGGCAUUUGAGAAGACACUCUACAAGGUCAGAUUGCCCGAAAAUGCUCCAAAUGGAACUGUAGUUGUGGAUGUUGACGCCACUGAUUUGGAUGAAGGAGUAAAUAAGGACAUUGUAUAUUCUUUUCACCCGGAUAUGUCAGCUGAGAUCCUGUCAAAAUUCCACUUAGACCCGGUCAAUGGAUACAUCACUGUGAAAGGCAACAUAGAUUUUGAGGAAACCAAAUCUUUUGAAAUCCAGAUAGAGGCAGCAGACCAGGGAACUCCCCCAAUGACAGAUCACUGCACGGUUCUAGUUGAAAUUGUGGACGUCAAUGAUAAUGCGCCUGAAUUGGUCAUCAAGUCACUAUCACUUCCUGUGUUAGAAAGUUCUGCGCCUGGCACUGUCAUCGCCCUGAUCAGUGUGUCCGACCGUGACUCUGGAGCCAACGGACAGGUGACCUGCUCUCUGAGCCCUCAAGUCCCCUUCAAGCUGGUGUCCACCUUCAAGAAUUACUAUUCACUCGUGCUGGACAGCCCUUUGGACCGAGAGACUAUCGCUAACUAUGACGUGGUUGUGACUGCCAGGGACGGGGGCUCACUCUCUCUGUGGGCCACCGCCAGUGUGUCCGUGGAGGUGGCUGAUGUGAACGACAAUGCGCCCCUGUUUGCUCAGCCUGAAUACACAGUGUUUGUGAAGGAGAACAAUCCACCAGGUACGCAUAUCUUCACGGUGUCUGCGGUGGAUGCAGAUGCACAGGAGAAUGCGCUGGUGUCCUACUCGCUGGUGGAGCGGAGGGUGGGCGAGCGCUUGCUGUCGAGCUAUGUGUCUGUGCACGCUGAAAGCGGCAAGGUGUUCGCACUGCAGCCUCUGGACCAUGAGGAGCUGGAGCUGCUGCAGUUCCAGGUGAGCGCGCGGGAUGCUGGUGUGCCUGCCCUGGGCAGCAAUGUGACUCUGCAGGUGUUUGUGCUGGAUGAGAACGACAACGCGCCCACGCUGCUGGGGCCUCAAGCAGGGAAUGCAGUGAGUGAACUGGUGUCACGGACAGUGAGUUCAGGACACGUGGUGACAAAGGUGCGCGCGGUGGAUGCAGACUCUGGCUACAAUGCGUGGCUCUCUUAUGAGCUGCAGUCGGCAGCGGGCAGUGGACGCCUUCCCUUCCGCGUGGGUCUGUACACUGGUGAGAUCAGCACCACACGUGUCCUGGAUGAAACAGAUGCUUCGCGACAGCGCCUAUUAGUGUUGGUGAGGGAUCAUGGCGAGCCGGUGCUGACAGCAACAGCCACCUUGCUGGUGUCUUUGGUGGAGAGUGGACACAUGCCAAACACCCCAUCCCGGGCCUUGGUGGAUUCUGCGGGCAGGGAGGCUUCACUUGUAGAUAUUAACGUGUACCUGAUCAUCGCCAUCUGUGCCGUGUCUAGCCUGCUGGUGCUCACGCUGCUGCUGUAUGUUGCACUUAGAUGCUCCACAGCGCCUGCAGAGGGCGGGCCUGGGAAGCCUAUGCUGGUGUGCUCCAGCGCGGUGGGUACCUGGUCUUACUCGCAGCAGAGAAGACAGAGGGUGUGCUCUGGAGAGGGCCCACCGAAGACCGACCUCAUGGCCUUUAGUCCAAGUCUUACACCCUGCCCAGUUAAUCAAGAUAAAGAGGACAAACUGGUUGGAGACAUCGAUUUCUCCGUCAAAGUGAGUAAAUUUUCCCUCUAAAAUAUUCACAAUUAUAUGCCAAUAUUUUCUUUUUUGGGAGAUGCAGUAAAAUGAACUAUUCUAUUUAUGUUCUUUCUGCAAUGCACUUUGCACUCGCUAAUAUUAUCAUUAAAACUGUAGGUUCUCAUGACUAAAGUGUGUACUGAAUGGACAAGGGGUGAGAUCCACACUUAAAAUGUAUCUGUUGAUAAAUACAGUAGUAGGAUCAUUUUAUGACUGGGUACCAAGGAAACCAUUUUUAUCUUGUGUGAAUUACAGUAUUUCGGGCAUUUUAUUCCCUCUUGUCCACUAAUCUUUGUGCAAAGCUUCAAUAUCUUUGCCUCUUUCCCUGGGAUUUCUAGGAGGUGCCAGAAGAAUGAUCAGUGCCCAGUUUCUAAGUUGUUAUUCAGGCUUUGUAUUCAGAGAAGGUCAUUAGUAAGAACUUUUCUUUGACCUAGCACUCAUGGUACAUUAGCAUUCUUACAACUACACAAAAGAGGUUAACAACGAAGAGGUUUUACUGGUAUGGUAGUUUAAAAAUUACAUAGAGACUUAUUUUCAACAAAUUGCCCAAAUGGAAAGGAAUGCACCACUAGAUUAAAAAUAUUAUUUUAAAAGCAUUUUAAAA